GAAUCUCGCGCCAAACUUCUGCUUCCGUUGAUGUAUGAACUGUCAAGGGGACAAAAGAGGAAAGGCGAAGUUUAAGAACGGCUGCGAUAAUUGUGAUCCAAUAUAUAGUAUAAUAUAAUAAGAUUAAGGCUAUCGACAAUUGUGUUGAAUCAGUUUUCACUGCAUCAACUGUGUCUGAAUAUAACCUUAAAUAUUCACUUUGCAAAGUCUCUGAUUUCGAGACCUUACAAUUCAACACAAUGGAGAGCAAAGCUAAAUUCCAUUUUGCAUCUGAGGCGGGUCCUGAUGCCAAGAGCACUAUAGUUAAGGUAAAAACUAUACAGCUGAUGGAUCAACCAGAAAUUUUUCGAUUUCCAAACGAUAAACAGAGCAGCUUGCACCAUAAGCAACUUUUUGAUACUAAUGUGGUCAAAAAUGUUGUAAAAAGUUUGAAAAUUAGAAAUAAAUUUCGAAAUGUGAUGAUCACUCUGGAUGCUGAAUUACAAGGUAUUUACAUGGACGAAGAAGGAAAUGUCGCAUUCAACGACGAAUAUUUAGAAGAGGUCUCACCGUUAGAAAAUCCAACUAAAACAGGUAUCCAAGGAAAAUCUACAAGAUCUUUAGCGAAAGAUAUGAUCAUAGAAAAUUUUAAUGGACAAAAUUUCAAAGCGAGUACUUGGAUUAGAUUAUUCGUUCAGGAAUGUAUUAGAGUGGGAAUCACACAAGAUAAAUAUGCAGAAACUUUGAGGUUAUUUUUGACAGAUUCUGCUGUAAACUGGUUUAAUGUUUGUAUGAAACAAAAUAGUUUGAACAAUUGGGAAUUAUGGAAUAAUUCUUUCAUAGAAACCUUCUCAGUACAGUCGUGGACAGAUAUAGCAUACGCAUAUAAUUUUAAGUAUUUAAAUGGAUCUCUAUUAGAUUUUGCACUUAAGAAAAGAAAUCUAUUGAUGGAAGUGGACGAUGAAAUCUCCCUAAAUUCUCAAAUAAACUUAAUUGUUAUCAGUUUACCAAAUCAUAUACAAAAUAGAAUAGACAGAAAAACAAUAGGAACAAUAGAGGACUUAAUGUCAAAAUUAAAACAAUUUGGUCACUUGAAUGAUAGGAAAAAAGAAAACAACAAAACAGUACCUUCACAUAAACAAUGUUCAAAUUGUGAAAAGUUGGGAUUUCCUAACAGAUUCCACCCGGAAAAUAUGUGCAGAUUAAAAGAACAAAAAUCAAGUUACAAAAAAAAUAAUAAUAUUAAAGUAGUAAAUAAUGUAGAUUUUGAAAAUGCUGUAGCAAACUCAGAGGAGGCAAAAAACGAAUAG